UCUCGAUAUGGGAAUUGGAGUCGCAUGUUUUAGUGGCUGUUGCGCCGGAACCACCGCAGGAAAAGUUAACAGUCGAUACGACGUCGGAGUAGGACUUGUUCAAGAAAACCUCGGCCACUCUUUCUGCUACGUUCCUCCAGUUCUCACCGGAUCAAAAUCUUCCUUCCCGCCGGAACAACCCCUCCGACCCGACCCCAUACCCGGAACCACCACCACUUUCCGUUCAAUUUCCGGCGCCUCCGUUAGCGCUAAUACUUCGACAGCUCUGUCAGCUUCUCCGUCAACAGACACGUCUGGAUUAGCCUCCGCGUUCGAGAGCUCCAAUAGAUUCGCCUCCUUGCCUCUCCAGCCCCUGCCACGUGGUCCGAUUAAAAAGCCGGUUCACGGCUCCGGUUUAUUCGAACGCCGGUUCUUAUCCGGUCCGAUCGAAAGCGGGUUGGUUUCAGGGAAGAAGAAGAAGAAGGAGAAAAGUGGAAGCAAAUCAUUUACGAAACCAAAACCUAACAAAAAGUUUCUUACAUUCAAAAACGUUUUCACGAAUCUCGUAUCUAACAAUUUAUCUCGUACGAAGAAGAGCGUGAUCGAGCCAAUCAACAGCCCCGAUUCAUUCGACGAAUCAUCAGAAUCCGAUCAUGGUGCACCUGAGAUCAGCACGAUACAGAGCAGCCAGGAGAACCCUAGAACUGAAGAAGGAGGAGUAGAAGAAGAGAAGACUGAGUACUCUGCUUCGGAGGAGCCAAAGAUACAAUGGGCGCAGGGGAAAGCAGGGGAAGAUCGAGUCCACGUCAUCCUCUCCGAAGAAAACGGUUGGCUUUUCGUCGGUAUUUACGACGGAUUCAGCGGUCCAGAUCCACCGGAUUAUCUUCUGAAGAAUCUCUACACCGCCGUGCUCAAAGAGCUUAAAGGGUUACUAUGGAUGGAUAAAGGUGACUCCGAAUCCACGAAUCUUGAACCAUAUAGUGACAACGAGAUUACAGUCGAGCAUGAUUCUGAUAUAGUUCAAGAAAGCUGUCAUGUAAUGAAUGGGGACAAUGUUGAUUGCGGACCAAGAAACGUAACGAGUGACAUGAAGAAGUUGCAAUGGAAGUACGAGUGGGAGCAUAACACAAAGUCUAAUAAUGAUAUUAAAAUGAAUCAGAAGGAUUUGGAGAUGAUUAACCACAAAGACGUUCUAAAAGCUCUUCAACAAGCGUUGAAGAAAACAGAGGAAUCGUUUGAUCUGAUGGUUGAUGAGAAUCCUGAAUUAGCAUUGAUGGGAUCUUGCGUUCUUGUGACAUUGAUGAAAGGAGAAGAUAUUUACGUGAUGAGCGUAGGAGAUAGCCGAGCGGUUCUUGCUCGAAGACCAGAUCAUGGGAAGAGGAAUAAGAUGCAAAAAUAGCUUGAGAGAAUCAAAGAAGAUAGU